UUUCCUUGGAAAAAAAAAUGAAAGGUACUUAAUUUUGAUUUGAUGGUCCAAACUCCAACGUUCCUGUUAGAGAGUGGUAUAAGAUCCAGCAUAACCUUCUUCCAACAACUCAAGUUAUUGGGAGCAACUGGUUCUUGACAGAGUUAUUGGGAUCAACUGGUUCAUGACAUGGUAUCAGAGCCUAGAACCGAAAGGUCAUGUGUUCGAAUCUCCACGACCCCCAAUAUUAACCGUUGUCUUUCAAGCACAUGGUAUGGUGGGCCUGUGCAAACAUCAAGCCCAUGGGUUGGCUUUCGUUUGAGGGGGCGUGUUAGAGAAUGGUAUAAGAUCCAGCAUAACCUUCUCCCAACAACUCGAGUGUUUGAGGGGGCGUGUUAGAGAAUGGUAUAAGAUCCAGCAUAACCUUCUCCCAACAACUCGAGUUAUUGGGAGCAACUGGUUCUUGACAGUUCCACGAAAACGUCAAAGUCGUUUCCGUUCCCCCGCUGCUGCUACUACUACUACUACAUUUCCUUCCUCCAGGAAAUUCCAAACCCAAACACAACUCCUGCGCAGUGGGUACGGCCCUUUUCCUCCAUUACCAAAAGUCUCACGCAAAGCUAAAGCUCGACCUGGUGAAACAAAGGCGCCUGAAGGAUACAAUCUAGUUCGCAAGUCCCCUCCCACGAUUCACAGGGCUCUUCUUCCAAUUAUCGCUUCCUGAAACCCUAGCUCCUUCACCAUCAUGAGUGCUCCCGCCAUUGCAGGGGGAACGAGCUUGUUCACUGGCUUUACGCGAUUAUGCAAGGGCCUCGCCGUGGUCCUCGUCGCCGGCCACAUUGUAGUUCAGACUUUGCCUUUCACUGUCAACUAUCUCGCCCUCAUUCCCGCCAGGACUAUACCUUUCGCAUGGAACCUCAUAACAGCUGGCUACAUUGAGCAAACAAUAUAUGGAGUGGUUGCCAACACUUUGUGUCUUCUGGUUAUGGGGAAAUUACUUGAACCAGUUUGGGGAUCCAAGGAGUUCUUAAAGUUCAUUUUCAUUAUUAACCUCCUUACCUCAGUUUGUGUUUUUAUCACUGCCAUCACCUUGUACUACAUAACAACCCAGGAAACUUACCUUUACAUGCCUGUAUCUGGUUUUCAAGGAGUGGUGUCCGGUUUCUUGGUUGGCAUGAAGCAAAUUAUACCUGACCAAGAGUUAUCUGUGCUGAGAAUAAAGGCUAAGUGGUUCCCAUCUAUAAUGCUAUUGCUAUCAAUUGCUGCUAGCUUCUUCACAGAGGAGUCGGCUAAAUACCUUCCGACACUCAUAUUCGGCACAUACACGAGCUGGAUUUACCUGAGAUACCUACAGAGCAAGCCCGAAACAAAACUAAGAGGAGAUCCCAGCGACGAUUUCACAUUCUCCAGUUUCUUCCCUGAUUUCCUCAGACCGGUUAUCGACCCAAUUGCAUCGAUUUUCGAUCGGUUGCUUUGUGGAAGAUCUCAAGCCCCUGGCGAGAUGGAGGGUUACACAUUGGGAGGUACAGCACUGCCCGGGUCUGACCCCAUCGAGGCAUCUAGGAGGAGGGAGAGAGGAGCUAGAGCACUGGAAGAAAGACUGGCGGCUGAGAAGCUGGCUGCUGCACGAAGCGUUGAAGAGUUGAAAAAGGAUGCCCCUGAAAAUAAUGUGUAGAGAUUAUCUUCUCCUUUUAACUUCGAGAAAAAAGAGACAACUCUCUUCUACCAGAUAAUGAGAUAUGUGCAGCAGGUUUUGGAGAUUCAAACCCGAAGUUUUAACCGGUCGGCCACCCGAUCGCCAUUGCCUUCGUCCUCUUUCUUUCUCUCUCUCCCUUCUCUCCUAUCUGUUACUUCUGUUUGGGGAUUAAUAUUCUGCUGUCAGUUUUGUUGUCCAUAUAGCCAGCCGCUGAUCAGAAAUCGGAUCAAAGUAUAGAUGUCUGUCUGUCUGUUUGUCUGUCUUUCUUCUUCUUUUCCGUGUUUCGCUUCCACUUCAGGAAAUAUUGGUUGCUUGCAUCGUGCCCCACAUUACUUGCAGCUGCAUGAAGACGUGGUUCUGGUAUGGUCCCAGGAAUAAAAAGAGUACAUGUAAUCCGAUCCAUGUUUCGAAUUUUGGUAGUUUCUUUUACAUUUUUAACGUCGGUCUCAAAAAGUUACUUGUGUUUUGUAAAAUUAUUAAUUGAACCAAGAUGAUAAUGAUUUAAAAAUGUUUGGUGUUUGAUGUUUCUUAUGGUUUGCCACUCUUAUUAAUCAAAUGGGACCCUUUACACCGACAAAAUGCAAAGUGGUAUGCUUUCCUACUUUUGGGUGGGUUUGAGUUAUCUUCCGGCUAAACUAAGGAUUAUGAGGUUGAAUGUUAAAAUCGUUCAAUUGUAUGAUUUGUAUCCUCUAAUCACAUCAUGAGGUUGAAUGUUAAAAUCAAUUGUAUGAUUUGUAUCCUCUAAUCACACGUCCGUUUUCUUGCCCGUCAAUUCCAUUUCCAAGUUAUUGAAUUCCUUAGCCUUUCAGCCCCAAGGACCUCUCUCUCAGUCUUGUGCCCUCUCAUCCUUCCGUUUUGCAUCGCUCGCCUUCAGACUUUUUGAAGAUCAACUUUGAUGUUGCUGUUUGUCGUUCCGGUUGCUCGUCUGACCUCGUCGUACAUGGGACAGACGAGCAAGUUCUUCUGGCCUGGGAUCUCAGCACCAAAGAGUUUUCGAUCCCUAUCUAGCAAAGCACCUUGCUGCUAGGUGAUCCUGAAGUGGUGAUUCGGCAUCUGGACCGUAGAACAGUGGAAGAUUCGAUAAGCGGCUCACUGCUCCAAGAGUGUCAUCAGCUCCUAGUUUCAUGCUCUCUUUGUAUAGUUUUUAGUGUGGUUCUGCGGACUGCCAACUGAGCUGCUCAUAGAGUGGCACCUAAAGCUCUGUUGCUGUCCUCUUUAGAGGUGGCGUCCUUUGAUUUUGUAGGGUGGCUUCACUAAGUGUUGCUUUGGGUGGGGUUUCAGGUAGAGGUUUCUAACUAUUUUUUUUCUUGUCAUUACUUGAAAAAACAAAUCACUUAUAUCAAUAAUUUUUAGAAAAGAACAAUAAUCACAUUAAUAAAAGUAGAUACUGGUUAUAACUUAUAAUAAACAGAUAUUAAUGAGGACUGAAAUUUACCAUCUCUAACGAAUUUUGCUUCAUCGAUAAAAAAAAAAAGUAGAUGGCUUGUUGAUAAAUAGUUGGUGGUUACAAUGAUCCAUCUCUAGCAAACCCCUAAUCCCUAUCUAGCAAACCCCUAAUUUACCAUGAGCAACGGUUAUAAAUCCAGAGGCAAUUCCAACUGCGAUCCGUUUCAGAUAUGCUUGUUUUUUCUCUUUCCUCUCUAAUUUUAAUAUUUAUUUAUUUCCAGAAAUAUAAUUCUAAAAUCUUU